CCUAUACGAGAAAUUACGACUCGGAACCGCCAAACGGCGACGAUGUUUCUUUCCGGAGGUUAUUUCGGAUUUGCACUCACGGCCGAGUGCUGUGAAGAGAUUUUUUGUCGAAAUUGAUUCGGUAAACAGCGAUUUUGUUGGCGAAUCUUCACGGUUUUCAAAGCGAAAAUUGGCAGAGAUUUUCAUCAACAUUUCAAAGCGGCAUUUGGCUCAGUUUGUGGCGGAAAUGGCGCGUUUGGGCGGUUAAAACCGAGCGGGCAGGCGAUGUAAGGGGAGUGUAAACAGAAAGCCUGGCCGUUACUUUCUGAUAGCUGCUGCGUUUAGUCCUGAAAUCAGCUUGGAACCAUAUUAAACGUGCAAACGUGUUUUGGGACUGUUAGUCGUCCAGACACGGCGGCCAGACUGCCACAUCCCGCAGAAGCACAGCUGGUGGAGGGCUCAGCCUCAGCGAUGGCUGCGGCGGAGCACGUCGACAUCUACGACGAGGAGCUGAAGGCGGAGGAGGAGGAAGAGGAGGAGGAGGAGGAGGCUGGGGACUUUCUCUCGGCGGAAAACGACGCUCUCUAUGACGAUGUGUUGACCGGUUCUAUGAGCAGUGAGGGCCCACUAGAGAAGCAGAAAACUAAGGAGGAUAACAAGCCGGAAGUAGUCUACACGUAUAAAGGAUGUAAAGCGGAUAAAUCGAAACGAUUUGCAGUCUAUGUGGGCAACUUCUCCUGGUGGACCUCAGACAAAGAUCUCAUCUCGGUGGCGCGGACACUGGGAGUUAAAGAUGUUGUGGAUAUUAAGUUUGCAGAGAACAGAGCUAAUGGUCAGUCUAGAGGUUUUGCUGAGAUCGUGGUGUCCACAGAGGAGUCCGUGAAGCGGUUAAUAGAGACGAUGCCUCAGUGUCAGAUAAACGGAGAGAAGGUCGACUGUCGCUACGCUACACGGAAGAACCUGGCUGUGUUCGAGGCUCAGGCCCGAAAACGCAUCCCGCAACGCUCGAACUCCAAAACCGAUUCAGACAAAGCGGACAGUCGCUCGUCCAUUUCCUCUCCAACUGACCUUCAGCUACCCCCUUUGCCCCCAGUGUUCCCCCCACCACCCCACAUAGCAAAACCCCCCUCCCUCCUCCCGUCUUUUUUCAACCCUCUUCCUCCCCCCUUCCCUCCACCUCACCUCCAGGCUCCGCCACUCCCUCACCUGUUCCCCCCUCCUUCCCCUCACAUGCCUAACACACACACACCACCCCCACACAUCCCCAACACACACACCCCCUCGCUGCACAUCAACCCCGCCUUCUUCCCUCCCACACACGACACGCACAACAGCAGCACAGCGUACAGCCGACACAGCAGGGAGGGAGACGUCCCCGCUGUGCUGACACCGGAGGGGGAGUUUGAGGAGCUGAUGAACAGAAACAGAACCAUCGCCAGCAGCGCCAUCACUAAAGCCAUGUCUGGAGCCACUACAGGUGAUGUCUCUAUGGCCAUAGAGACCCUGCUUACAGCCAUUGCAGUGAUUAAGCAGUCUCGAGUCUACAGUGAUGAGCGCUGCAGAGCGCUGGUCGAGUCUCUGAAAGACUGUCUCUACUCAAUAGAGAGCAAGUCAUAUGGCUCUAGGAAAAGGCACCGGUCUCGAGAGCGAGACAGGGAGCGUGUCAGGAGUCGAGAGAGGGAGAGAGAGCGGGACAGAGACAGAGAGAGUUCGUAUGGUCAGGGCUGGCCGGAUGGAGGACCAUCCAGGAGACACCAUGAGCGCUCGUCCAGCAUGGAGAGAGAGAGGGACAGGGGGCGAGAGCGCCAUAGAGAGCACAGAGAGAGACACCGUUAGAACGUCCAUUCAGCUCAGGGCUUGAAAGGCAGGAGUGGGAUGCGCAUACAGCUGUAGGAGCGCCUACAGCAACAGAGGACCAGAAAGAAAAACCAACCCCAAACUUCAUUCACAUCACAUGCUGAACGCCAGCACUGUUGAGCAUUCAUCACGUCUUAACCACAUCUUCCUCUUCAGCACAGUCUGUCAAGCUCCAUCCUCGUCACUGUGUAAAUGGCAUUGUAUGUGAAUUCGGAUUUUUAGUUGGAAAUGUACAUUUCAGUGGCUGCUGACUGUUUGGUCAUAUUGUGGUACCGCCUUGGUUUUUGUUUGUUUUUAACACGGUUAAAAGUUAAUGCAUCUUUUUUUUUUGUCCACCAUUGUACAUUUUUUGUAAUGAAAUGCA